UGUUUUCGUGCAAAUUGUUUGAAAAUUGUUAGAUUCUUUGUCGGAUUGUUCAGAAUGUAAUGACGAUUAGAAACUGAAACUGGACCAUUAUUGUUGUAUAUUUAUUGACAAAACAAACACAUGAAUCGAAAACAAAAGUCAGUUUUUUUAUUUGGAUGUAAUCUACUGCAUUGUGACAUGAACAUAUAUUUAUUUCUCUACAUACAAAGUGACUUUUGACAUUUCCUACAUUUUAUAUCACAAUGUCAACAAGUGGGUUAGGGAGCUGUUGCUGAAAUGUUUUCAAUGAAGGACGAGCUUACAGAAUAUGAGCAAUUACUGACGCCGAGAAUUUCCCUUCAGUUAUCGCAAGUGGAGUGCCAAUGCUGAGGAUAUAGUACGUUCCCCCUAUCACUCGAUAUAAAACAGGGAAUAAACAAAACACUACUUUGUACCAUCGGGCUGCGCUUAUCAGCCUUUGUAGACAAUGCUGGAUGUCAAAGAAGUGCCACAAAGGUCCGGUAUGCCUCAAGCUUGGCGCAGGGAUCUGAAGAUGUGAGAUCUGAAAUCUCGCAGAGUUCUAAUCAGCCACAUCAAAACGCCUGUCAAUCUUCCAGAUAACUCAGAUGAACAGAUCGGGGAGGAGCUUGCAAUCGCACGUGACUGUGUGGAUAAAUACGAUUCGCUGAGAGGGAAAAUACUUGCGUGACGUCACAUUGUGGGAUUCGUUCUUAUGAAUACAUCUGGAGAUGCAGACGAUAUCUUAUGUGAAUUUCAAAAUAUAAAUUGGUUGAAUCAAGAAGUAUUUGAAACGAAUGUUGGAUUAAUGAUCGGUUGUGACAUUGAUAGAAAGUUUUUCAUACUCAGCGAAGAACUAGACAGUGUCUUGUGGCGAUUUCAGAUUAACCGUGGUUUGAACGUUACAAACUGUGAACUACUAAUACGAACAGGCAGACGAACGGAGACUUAAGGUAUUAGCCAACAAGGAAAGUUUGGACGAUACUGAUCGAAGUUGUUCACACUUUUCACACCUUUAGAGCAUUGUUUGAGUUGGUGAUCUCAUUAGAUUUCUUAAUUAGCGUGUCACUAGUGUCACAGGACAUUGUCGAGGUGCUCAUCCAAACGAUCGAACUAUAAAGACGAGGUAACCAAACGAUUUUGAAUCAGAACAAAUUUGUUUAAGCAAGAAGAAGUGCUUAGAUUGUGUAUGAAAUUUAAUACGAGCUUAGCUUUUCGGAUUAACGCAACGGGCGAAGGAAAGAGCCAGGGAUCUUUGGGAUUUUGGAGUGCACAAGAAAAAUAAACAUAUUUUAAGCUUUAAAAAGUUUACUUAGUGUUGGGUGACGCCUGAAGCAGGGCUUGAAAGUUUACUCGGACAUAAGGAGAAAUUGACACGAAGUUUGCUGUGGGUUUAUCCGCAAAUAGUGCUCGGAAUUUAAUAUUCUGAAAGUAAAUUUUACAACCUGCUGCUCGGAUAAGAUAACUUCACCGAACCAUAAAGAACGCAUGGAAUCAUAACGUUCCAUCGAACUGUAACAGCAACGUACGAAAUACGUUUCUGACGACAAAAACGUUACUGAGUGAUGAUGGCGGUGGUUAUCAAGGCUACCGGAAGUCUCUUGGUUUUAGCGGUCAUCCUUUGGACGGCGGAGGCUGCUGUUGCGGACCGGAAGCAGUGCCAGGAAAUUACGAUUCCGAUGUGCAAGGGGAUUGGCUACAAUUACACCUAUAUGCCAAAUCAGUUCAACCAUGACAGCCAAGACGAGGCGGGGCUAGAGGUCCAUCAGUUCUGGCCCCUCGUUGAGAUCCAGUGUUCCCCGGACCUCAAGUUCUUCCUGUGUUCCAUGUACGCCCCCAUCUGUAUGGAGAACUACCAGCCACAUCUCCCGGCUUGCAGAUCAGUAUGCGAAAGAGCAAAGUCCGGCUGCGCGCCGCUCAUGCGCCAGUACGGAUUCGUAUGGCCUGAGCGCAUGGACUGUAGCCGCCUCCCUCGAUACGGUGAGGGAAAGCUGUGUAUGGACCGGAACAUUACCGACUCUUCCGGUUCCGGUAAGGGCAACCCCGACCGUGACAACCCUGAACUGAAGCCACGGACAACGACAUUUGCACCACCGCGGACGGUUGUUCCGGGUGCGGACGACAAAUACAAACCGCAUAAACCAGACGGUAAUACAGAGAUUACUUGGGAUCCGGAGCUCCCCGGACUACCCGACCUCUCAAAUUUGCAGCCAAUCGAUGACCAUGUGUGCAUGUGCAAGUGCCGCUUCCAACAAAUUCCUGACACAAGCUCGUACUACGGGAAGCUAACAACCGGUGGGAUCCAAAAUUGUGGCAUGAACUGUACAAGUCCGUACCUUACAGACGAUGAGAAAACAUUUGCCUCCUUCUGGAUCGGCCUCUGGUCAAUCUUGUGCUGCCUUUCGACGGCCAUAACCCUACUGACAUUCUUCGUUGAUAUGUCACGCUUCAAGUACCCUGAGCGUCCCAUAAUCUUCCUCAGCGGAUGUUAUUUCAUGGUGUCCAUCGGCUUCAUCAUCCGGAUGGUGUUGGGACACGAGGCGGUCGCCUGUGACGGUUCAACGAUUCGCUACUCAACGACUGGACCGGCGUCUUGCGUAACAAGCUUCUUACUCGUGUACUUUUUCGGAAUGGCCUCUUCCAUUUGGUGGGUGAUUCUGGCCUUCACGUGGUUCCUUAGCGCUGGACUGAAGUGGGGCUCAGAGGCUAUCUCAAGUUAUUCUCAGUAUUUCCAUAUGGCUGCUUGGUUGGUUCCCAGCAUAAAGUCAAUCGCGGUGUUGGCACUAUCUAGCGUAGACGGGGACCCAGUCAGCGGUAUCUGCUAUGUCGGAAAUCAAAACAUAAACAAUCUUCGAGGAUUUGUGUUAAUUCCCUUAUUUGUAUACCUCCUCAUCGGAUCUUCGUUCUUAAUCGCUGGAUUCGUGUCAUUGUUCAGAAUCCGUAAUGUGAUCAAGCACCAAAAUGGUGGAAAAAUUGACAAACUUGAGCGAUUCAUGAUCAGAAUAGGUGUGUUUUCACUAUUAUACACAAUUCCUGCCACUAUAGUUCUAGCGUGCUAUUUCUACGAACAGCAUUUAAAAGACGAUUGGGAGAGAUCUGUCACGUGCCCCUGUAUGGGACCGAAAUCCAAACCUGACUUUGUGGUGUUUAUGUUAAAAUACUUUAUGUUACUGGUAGUCGGAAUCACAAGCAGUUUCUGGAUUUGGACCGGAAAGACUGUCGAAUCUUGGAAGAAAGUGUGCAAUGGACGACUGUGUUGUCAGAAUUCGGACUAUGCCUACUCACAACCUCCAAUUAAAUACUCUCCCACUUCCGGUUCAGCCAUUUCGAGUAUCCACAAGCCACUUCCGGUCAGUCAUUGUUGAGUCAUGACGGACCGUAAAGAAGGCAAUUAAGAAAUAUCUUUAGAUUCUCACCGAUUGUAUUUAUUUCAAUAAAUGUCUUUUCGUAUUACAUUUCAGUACAGUACACUUAAAAAUCUCUAAUCUGUUAUAAAUUAAGGAUAAAAAAGAUACAUAAUACGUUACAUCACGGACCGAUACACCACUGGUUUAUUUGGCGUGAUUACAUGUAUACAAGUGUACUUUUACAUUUCCGGUGAGGAGCUAAAGUCGAUUCUUUAUUACUUCUACAGUUUCGUUCAAAAGUGACAAUCGUGGUUCUUGGACUGUGUUAUGUAAAUUAUAUUGUUAUUAUUAAAAUUGUACAUAUGUGUAUCUUAUUACUAUUAUUAUUAUUAUUAUUGUUGUUGUUGUUUAGGGCAUAUGAUCUUUUUGUUGCCAUGUUUUUUUCCGUGAAAUAUUUCAACUAAGAUUUUUUUCCAUAUUGUUUCUUCAAACCUUUCGAUUUUCUUCUUGUUUCGUUUGAAGAUAUUUUUGGAACUUAUUUUCUUUGUUCUCGCUUACAAAUUGACAUUGUAUUAACAGUUUCUUUUUAUUAUACAGCCAUUUGGUUAAAGCUUUAAUCUGUGUACAGAAAUCCAAAAUGUAGUAACUAGUAUUGCAAAAUUCGACGGCUAUGAUUGAUCGAAACUACCCGAAUUUCGGAAAUCGACGGAAAAGUUUCUGGAAAUUUCGUCAUAUUACGGCAUUUCUCUGAACUUUUCCAUCUUUUUUACUGCCAGAUAUGUCUUGUAGAUCAAGUUCAAAACGCGGGUGUGAAUUGUAUUGUUGCUUUUUGUCAUUCCAAAUCUUUGCAUUGAGAUUAUAUCACGGAAAUUCAUUAAAAUUUCUUUCUUGUGCAAUAUUAGGUUUAUUUAGUUCACAACCCUUUUAGCUGCGUUCAAUCCUUUUUAACUGAUUUUUAUUCACCUUUACUCACACUUUUCCACUUGUCGCAAAAAUUGGUGACAUUGUCUGAAUCGGACACGAGGCUAUUGAGCAACCAAUCAAAACUUACCAUUGUGCUCACGUGUUGUACAAUCAUUAUUGAUACGUCACAGUUGUUUUUGUUGUUAAAUAAAUAAAAUGUUCAGCCAUUUGUACGACGAUCGCCUUUUUAAGGAAAAAGAUUUGUUCUCUUUUGCAUUUAUAUGACUUAAACAAUAUGUACUUACUGGAAUGAACAUUCUGAUUUUUGGAAGUAUUUAAUGGGUAACUGUUGUGUAAAUGAAAGCAAGCUGUACAUAUUUCUGCAUAAUGAUAAUUCUGGCAAAUAAUUAUGUAUAUAUUUGUUAGUAGAAUUUGAAUAUUUUUGAAGUGUGAAUGUGUAAAUAUGUUGUUGUAAAUGACGAAUUUGAGACGAAACAAAAGGUGCUAUAUCAGUCGACUGAGGUGCGACCUUCGAUAUCUUAAUAUGUAUUAUUGAAUAUAAUUUGUGUCAUAUGUACGAUGUACAUGUUUUGAUGUCAUUAAAAAUGUAAAAUAUUUA